GCGAGAUCACGAAAUCACGGGAGAAUUGCAAGAUCACGCGUGAUGUUGUCAGGUCACGCGAUAACAACCGCAGAUCAAAAGGCUGCAAACAGCGGUUCUCGCUUCAUUUUCUGCUCUUUUGGACACGUCUUUAUGAGUUUUUGGCUACCUCCAUGGUGGCUGUUAGCAGAAGGAGAGCGCUCGUGCUUGUUCUCCUACUUGCAGCCUUACGGAGGAGAAGCAGGAGAAGGAGCCGGUGGUGGGUGCAUCCCCUCAACCAGCGCAGGGCGCAGCAGGGGGACUUCUACCGGCUGGUGGCGGAGCUGGGGCUGGACCCGCAGCGCCAUCUGCAGUACUUCCGGAUGACUGCAGAGCAGAUGGACGAGCUUCUGUCCCUCAUUGGUCCUGAACUAACCAGGCAGUCUACCAACUACAGAGCUGCUAUAGAGCCCAAACAGCGGCUGGCGGUUGGACUAAGGUACUUGGCCUCUGGGGGCUCUCUGGUUAGCCUAGCUUCUAGCUAUCGGCUAGGGCACUCCACUGUUGCGAACUCUGUCCACAUGGUGUGUGCUGCCAUUGAGAAAAUCAUGAUGGACCGGAUCUUACCCAUUCCAACAGAAGACAUGUGGAAGGAGGUGGCCAAAGGCUUCUGGAAGAAGUGGAACUUUCCAAACUGCUUGGGAGCUAUUGGUGGCAAACAUGUGACGAUACAAGCACCUCCACUGUCUAGGAGUCAGUCUUUUAAUUAUAAGAAGACGUUUUCCAGAGUGCUGUUGGCACUAGUGGAUGCUGACUGCAGGUUCCUGGUGAUUCAGGUGGGAGACUUUGGCAGAACCAGCGGCGGAGGUGUGUUUGCUGGAUCUCAUCUGGGUAGAGGUAUGGAGGAUGGGACACUUCAUGUGCCACCCUGUACGUCUCUACCUGGUGCUGCUCACCUGGGUGAUGUCCCAUAUGCCAUGGUGGGUGAUACAGCCUUCCCACUAAAGACCUAUCUCAUGAGACCUUACCCCAGACAGAACCUCAAUCACCAAAAGAGGGUCUUCAAUUACAGACUCUCAAGAGCGAGGAUGGUGGUGGAGAAUGCCUUUGGCAUCCUGGCCUCCAGGUGGAGGAUAUUUCAUAAAAACAUAAACCUUCACCCACAACAUGUGGAUACACUUGUGGUGGCAGCUUGCAUCCUCCACAACUUUCUGGUUAACCCUACUGACAACCAGAGGAUGCUGAAUGAGGCGGAGCAGCUCGGGCUGCAGAUGGCCCCUGUGGGGAACAUGGGUGGAAACAGGCCCUCCACAGCGGCCUGGAACAUCAGGGAGAGCUUCAGCACCUUCUUCAGCUCUGCUGAAGGCAGUGUGUCUUGGCAGGACAGGAUGGUGUGAGCUCAUGAGCAGAAAGGUUGUGUAAUAACACAUAAAUAUUUGUUUUAUUUUUCAAUGAUGCCUCCAGUUAGAGGCAAACAGUUGCAAUGACUGAUAAUGUUCAAAGACCCAUGAAAAGAUCGUUGAUUUCUUUGUUUUUUUUUCUUUGUUUUUUUGGAAAUAAACAAAUUGUUGGAAAAUGUUUGUGAACUUCUUAAUAUUACAAAUGGGUUUCAUACAAAC